CUCAUUCUUGGGAUCAUACACUAACAGUGAACUUCAAGAAGAGUUUCUAUAAUCACGCGUGACCUCAUUGUUCUACCAUUAAAUUUCUCAACACUCGCCUGAUCUCUUUCUCUUUUCUCUUUCAUUUACCAACGACUUCGGGUGCCUAAGCUUCUACCAACUUCUUUGAUCUUCAACUUGUCUCAAAGUCAAGCGACUUACUGUAGGCACUCAAUUCAGAAACACAGCUGUCUUUCCCAAAUUGUCCCUUGCCGUACCGGAAAUACAUUGGCACAAAGUUUCGACUGUCAGACCAACUCCGAUCACCUCUGGGCUAACCAGAUCGUUCUGUGCUCCCGAUGGCUCAAGGAGACUCCGCGGCCCAACGCUGUGGCCCGCCAGCUUCCAACCCUCCGUUCAAUGCACCGUCCUUCUGUCCCCAGCCUCGCCGCCCCCAGUGUUCUAACGGCGGACACCAACCCGAGGCUGCUUCACAUGUAGUUUCCAACGCGAAUUCUUGGGUCCCAUCAGCCCAACAGGCUCUUCACAAUGCCCUUCAGGCUAGCGGAUAUGCUGGUGCUCAGCCUGGCAUGAACAUGGUAACGGCGCUUCCUGCACAGUACGCUGGCUCUUCUGGACCUCCCACGGCACCGCCCAACAGCCCCUCGGACGUCAACGGUACAAUCGAUGGCAUGGUCAACAAUGCUGCUCUUUCAACAUCUGGGCAUAUUUCCCACAUCAUGGCUAGUGGUGCUACCCCUUCGUCCAACAAUAGCCCCGAGCAUGUUAUUGUAAAUGGAUCGGCGAAUGCUGCUACAACAAACCAGGCUUCUCGAGGUAAUCACCAUGCAAACAGCAACCCUGGAGAUCCUGGUGGUUCAGGGAUUGGCAAUCGUCUUCCUCAUGGCACACAGUUUCUUGCUACUCAGCAUACCCAUAGCGGCAACUCUGGCAGCGGAGGACAGACUAGCUUCAUGUCUCCUCCCCAUGGCUGCUCAUCGGCAUCUCAGCCGCGCAGUCAACAUUCUGCUCGCUCCCGCCCUGCUACUGGUGGCCAGCAGUUCUACACGCCUAUUGGGGUCUCCCAGACCAACGCUUACAACCCCAGCUUGCCUCAGAGUGUUUCCUACAAUUCGGGUCUUUCUCUUGCGAGCCCCAGUCACACUCCGCAUCACUACAACGGACAUCGCAUGAGUGCUUCGCAGUCUACCCCCAACUCGGGACCUAACCAGCAUCUGACAGAGCCGCGAAAUUACGCACCACGAUCAUCCGUCCAUGGUGUCAACAGCUUGCCUCCUCCUCGAUUCGACUUGGGUUUGCAGGCUAUCCCUAUGACACAUGAAUCCGCCGCCCAGGACCCUUUUGGUAGUCCUGAACGUGCUGAGCCUACUGCGUUGAUUCCAUUCCCGAAUCUGCCCCCGCCCGCUGCACAGCAGGCCAUGCUUGCGGCCCCUAUGGCCGGACACUUCACCAGCAACAUGUCACCUGAGCUAUCCAAAUUGGUAGAUACUCCUUCAGGCCUUCCCACCCUUGAGACUGCGAUGAAACCUGAGUUCUUUCCUUUUACAAGCGGUCCUGGCUCUGCCAAAGCCUCUGUUGCCGGCGCUGUUCGUCUUAAGAACAUACCCUUCUCAACCAAGCGCGCCGAGAUUGUGGCAUUUAUCGGUCGCAAUAGCCGCAUGUUGCCCGACGCGGAAGAGCCCAUCCACAUAAUCAUGGACAGGGCGACGUCCAAAACUAUGGACGCCUUCGUGGAAUUCGUCACCAUGGAGGAUGCAAUGCGUUGUGCUGAGAAGCACCACCAACACGCUCAGGCUGGCCGUGUGAGUCGUCUUGGAGAACGCUCCAUUGAGGUUGAGCUGUCGAGCCAGUCUGCUCUUAUGCAGGAUCUCUUCCCUCUUGCUCACGGCGUGUUUUGGGAUGGCGCAACUCCUAAGGUACUUCCCAACAACCAUCAAGAGCCUUGGGAGAACUUCAAAGGAUUCAUCUCUCCUGAAGAGAUGGUCAUGCUCGUCAAGCAUGUUGAGGUCCCUCAUCGAUCUCCGUUUUCGAAGGAGUGCCCCCAGCGCCCUUACGAGUGCCUCAUCAGCACUCUCCGCAAGUUCCCCUGGUAUGCUGCUGACCACAUCACCAUUUCUCAGCGUGGUGCGGUGUACAAGGCGACUAUCAAGCUCCUUCGUCUGCUCAGCAGAUCAGUUUCGCAGCAGGAUGAUCCUGUUAACCUCACCUCCCAGCUUUUUCAGCGAGUUGUUCAGACUGCGAUGCAGUGUCAUGGCUUUACCGCCCUUCAGAAGGAUAACAUUGCCUUCAUGGUUCAGAUGAUCCCUAUGGAGCAGCAGCGCCGUCACCACCAGCCGGCCAACGCCAACUGCUGGGUUCACCAAUACGCCAUCACGCGAAAGCCCGACGCUCCUCUCGACCUUGCUGAGUGGUACAUUCGCCUAAUCCGUGAGCAGAGCACUCAUGAUGUCCUGAUCCGCCCUAUCCAUGAGCGUACUGUCAUUCAGGAAACACUCAAGGAGACUGAUGAGUACUGGGGUUAUUUUUUCAAUGAGGUCAACUACAUCCAGGGUCCUCAGUUUGAUCAAAUGACUCUGGGACAGUGUGCCUACCUCGAGCUUUCAGCUAUCGAGCGAAUCCUUGGCCGGGCUCUCAGCUACAACUAAACAAACGACCAACGGCACCGUUCUUGCUCCUGCUUCGGUGCCCUGUUGAUACCAACUUGAUUUGCUCUUUUGAGACGGCCCUAUGAGGCUACUCAUUUCGCUUCUUUUAGAUUUCAUUUUCGCACUACACCUUGCAUGUCAGCAUCCCACUGGGCUAUGUCACCAGUGAUCUUUGGCCAUCUUUUUCCACACCCAAGACUCCCUAGCCACUUCUUCGGCAAUAUUUGCUACUCAGCGUUUGGUUGAAUUACUCGGGGCCAAGGCUAGAGGACCAUAAAGACUGGAGGAAGAAAACUCGUGGCGCACUAAUAGGCAGGAUUUAAUUCGGGAGCGAGGAUGGAUGCCAGCUCAGGGUUUUUCAGAGGACGCUAACAUGGUUCGGAGUUUAAGGAGUUUGAGGGAUAUUGCCUGUGCUCUUGGGUCACUCUAGAUUCUAACGUUAGUGGCUGUAUAAAAAAUAAUAUAAAAUCCCCCC